CAGCUUCCUGCAAACACACACACCGUCUCCGGGCGAACAUGGCGGCAACUUGACAACGGCAGCGCGAUGAAGACGGUGAGGGCUUGAAAAAAGCAGAGAGGUAUGUGACAGGCUCAAGGCCCAUCCGCCGACACAAAGGCUCACCGCUUCGCCAUGUUGGAAGAGGAAAGCAGCCUUGUCCCUGUACGACCGAGGCCGGGGGAAACGUAAACGCGUCGGUGAGUGUUUCUAAAAACGGAGUCGAGGCUACGCAGAGGAGCGGAGCGGCGCGGAGCUCGAGGCGGACGGGAGGACAGCGGCUUCACCGGCCAGCCAUGGAGGAUGCGGCCCGUGGUCGCCUGAUUCCCCAUCAUUCCCACGCGAUUUUUGAUGGGAAUUAUCGCUGAUAUCAAAGGCCAGCCGGGACAACCCACCACCCGACACCUGAGGGGAGGAAAACGCGACGCGGACCCCACGUCAAUGACUGUUGCGGCAGAGGAGCCCCCACGGUGGAGUCGGCCGGUUCCCAAAAUAUGACCAGGGGUGCUGGGACGUGUUGGCAGCAAGAAGAUGACGACGGCUUCCAAAUCUGGCUAGAGCCCCCCCGCGACAACCAAAAGCCAUUCACCGACUCAGAGAGGGCGCAGAGAUGGCGACUGUCCUUGGCAUCCCUCUUGUUCUUAACCAUCCUCCUCUCUGAUCACCUGUGGUUCUGCGCCGAGGCCAAACUGGCCCGCACCCGGGACAAGUUCGCCUCCUCCCACCUCCUCUCACCCCACACCCACUCAGCACACAGCAGCCUCAGAGGAAACCCAGAUGCUAUUUUUAUAGGAAACUCUACCAAACAUUUGUGGCGGCUGGAAACUUGCCACCAGGAUAGUUUAUCUCAGAACUGCUUCGCUUUCGCAGAUGCCGACCAUUUGUGCAGGGGCCUUUCCGAGCAAGAGGGAACGCGGGCUGUAAAUAUGAGCGAUUUGUACCUCUCCUUUUGUAACUCCUACUCUCUGCUGGAUUUGCUCGACGGCUCCACGAGUCCGGACAAUUUGAACUGCAGCCUCGACGUGCUCGGCGACGGCGACACGACCAGGUGCAGCCUGUGCGUCCAGGCGUACCAGCGCUAUGACCAGCACGCCCAGGAGAAAUACGAGGACUUUGAGCUCCUGAGUCAGAAGUACGAGCCGGGCGCUUAUUCAGUGAGGACGUGCAUGGAACAGUGCAAGACGGCCUAUAAGCCCUGGCUGUGUGCUCAGUAUUUCCCCACCACGCAGCAGUCGUGUCAGAGGAAAGUACCGUGCCACCAGUACUGCCUGGAGGUCCAGCAGAGCUGUCCGUUCAUUCUGCCCGACAACGAUGACCUGAUCCACGGCGGCAGCCCCAGCUUCAUCUGCACAGGACUCUUAGGAGAUCGUCAGUCAGACAGUGAGGCGGAGUGCUGCGACGUCCGAUGGGACUCCAAAAUGGACAACCCUUCAGGCGGGACGCUAAAAAGGACUGCUUCUUCCUGCCAGCCUGAGGGGGCCACGGUCACCUCCGCCGCCACCCCCAGACUGUGCAGCGGGCGACUGAAGAUCUGCCUGCUGGCUCUCGUCCUCCUACACACUGUCAUCGUCAUUUCAGCCUCCCAUAAUUCUACGUUGGUGGGCAUGGCUGCCAUCUUCUCACCAGAGGAGAGUGCUUCUAAUGAGGAGUGAACCUUGGGGUUGAAUUAAGGCUGAAGCUUGUGAGGAGUGAUGAUGCUCUAGAGGACUGUGGCUUUUUACACUGUUGUGGCCGCCAGGGACACAUGUGGCGAGACACACUGGAAAUGCCUCUACAAUCUGCCGUAGAUGAACCAUCAACCACAGGUAGUGGGAGGGUUUUAACUGGAGCUAAGGGUGCUGGGAUUGGACAUCAACAAACCGAGACGUUUGGGAACCACCCCCCUGAAGAACUGACCUCUUGCCACUUGAAACCUGCUCAUUGUUUCUAUUCCAUCCAAAUGUUUUCUAGCAUAAUGUCCCUCCUCUCCUUACUUCCUCCCUUCCUUCCCUCCACCCUCUCCCUCUGUCUCAGCGUAUGUGUGUGUGUGUGUGUGUGUGUGUGUGUGCAUGUGAACAGCACAUCCGAGGAAAAACAGACAUUGAUGGAGUGUGUGCAUUCUCGCUCAUCAUUACCCUUUAGAUAUUUUGCUGCAUUAUUUUCACGUGCCAGAAUGUUUUUGACAUAUCAGCUGUUCCACUUCCUGCUCUGCAUCAUUACCUUUCAGGCAUCUUCUUAACUACCUUUUGUGUGAUGUUGCUCGAGGGCCUGCCAGGACCAGCUCAUCCAUGCUUCAUGUUGUUUGUGAUUCUUCUAUAUUCUGAUGUCCAGCUUCUGUUUUUUACUUUUUUCUUUGACAGUACAUGUUUUAGGACCUUAAGUGCUCUGAAACUGGCUCUCUCCCUCUUCUAACUUGUUGGGCCAUUUAGCAAGUUAGGAAAGAUGAAGAUAGUGAUGGUUCACCUUACAAUUAUGGGGUGCUAAAGGAGUUGACGCUGUACUCUACAGGAAGCGGUGGUCGAGUGUUUGGUUUACCUCAGAGGGUAGGGUUGAGUAUUUACAGUUGACAUGCAUGUGACUGUAGGGACAUCCCAGGGACACUAGAGGGCAGUUUUGUGAAGCCAAAACACUUGGGGCCUCAUUUAUCCACCAAACAGGGGCUGAGUCAGUUUUUUUUCUUAGGCAUUUUUCCUAGAAUGUAACUCCACAACACUGAAAAUAAAACACAUUAAAUUCUAAGGAUUUGAUUUUAUUACAGA